GUGUCCACCCACAUAGGCUGGAGGUGAGGUUGGGUGAUCCUGGGCUUCUGGGCCAAGAUGCUCUCGCUCCUAAUUUCGCUACUCUUGGCACUCAAGGGACAGUGCCAGGAUGAGCCAGAGUCUGUUCACUGUGGCUACAGACCAGCCUUCCUCAACACCUCGUGGCUGCCGUUCCGCGAGCUGCUGCAAGUCCAGGACGGCGAGUUCCCCUGGCAAGUGAGUAUCCAGAUGGCCCGGAGGCACCUCUGCGGAGGCUCCAUCAUACAUCGGUGGUGGGUCCUCACGGCUGCACAUUGCUUCCCAAGGACCCUAUUUGAAAUGGCAGUGGUAAAUGUCACUGUGGUCAUGGGAGUCAAAGCUUUCAGUGACACCCACUUGGAGAGAAAACAGGUGCAGAAGAUCAUUAUCCACCAAGACUACAGGCCGCCCCACCUGGACAGCGACCUGGCCCUGCUGCUGCUGGCCACGCCGGUACAGUUCACUCCCUUCAAAAUGCCCAUCUGCCUGCAGGGGAAGGAGGUGUCCUGGGACCGCUGUUGGAUGGCAGAGUGGGUAUCAGCUUAUGGGUACGGCACAUCCUGGAACAUGCAGCUGCAGAAGCUGAGGGUGACCCAGCUCAGCUGGAAGGCGUGCUCGACACGAGUGCAGCAGCUGUCCACAAAGAUGCUUUGUGCCCGGCAGGAACUGGACACCAAUGGCAACUGCUGGGGAGACAGUGGGGCGCCCAUGGUGUGUGCUAACUGGGGCACCCACAGGCUCUUCCAGGUGGGCGUCUUCAGCUGGGGCCUCACCUCUGGCUCCCGGGGAAGGCCCGGCAUGUUUGUGUCUGUGGCUCAGUUUAUUCCAUGGAUCCAAGAAGAGACACAGAAGGAAGGCAGAGCCUACACCCUGUCUGGAAGCCCUGAGAGCUCCCUCACCUGCAGCCCCCAUGGCCUCCUAGCUCUGGGCCUGGGAUCUCAGGUGCUGCUUGCCGCCAUGCUCACUUGA